GUGAAUUCACCACUUCACAUAACGCAAGUGAAAAACGGAUACAAACAACAUUAAGAUUAAAUAAAAAAAUUGGCUAAAAUCUCAUAAAGUAAAAAAGUGAAAUAAUUUUUUUUUUGAGGAAAAUUGUAAAAAAUAAUAAAAGAAAUUUGAAAAAAGAAAAAUUAAAUACAUAGAAACAAGUGAAGUGCUUUUGGAAAAAGAAUAAAAAGCCUAAGAAAAAAAUAUCAUGAUUAAUAACCCAACUCAUUUAACCAAAAAAGUUAAUAGCUGGGCAAGUUGAAGCAAAAGGCUUGAAAAAAAAAAUUUUGGGAAUUAAGAAAAUUAAAAUAAAAUAAAUUAAAUUCUAUAGCUAAAAAAGGAAAUGUUCAAAAUUUGGUGUCUAAACUGUUGAAUAUUCAGCACAUUGUCUUCACCCCUUACUAAAGGACUUUUUGGCUGGGUGUGUGAGAACAUGAGUGCAAAUUUAAGUGUCUGUAUCAUGUAAAUGAAAAGAUAUGAAAAAAAAUUUGUUGAUUAAAACAGUAUAGGUGGAGUAAAAAUUUUCUAGUUUUAAGUUAAUAAAACAAAAAUACUGUACGAAUUGGAAACCUUCAUACCAAGAAAAAAAAACCAGAAACAACCCAAGUUAUACCUUUUAAACGCCCGAGGCCAACAAUUGUCAAUCCUCUAAGACAUCUCCCGCAAAGACAGACAGCCAGCCAGCCAGCCAAUUGUGUUUGGAUACCAAGAACAACAAAAACAAAAUGAAACCUUCAGAGCUGUUAACCGUUUUGGAAAGGGUCAAAAUCAAAGUUCCCUUACCACCUGGAGUGUCCACUUCUACGCUGCUGCCAAAGUUAAUACGUACCAAGGAUGUUAAACAAUUGCAGGACGGCACAACACAGCCUUCAAAGCCAAAAUUAACGAAAUGCCUGAAUACCUUGGAUCUCACAUCGCUGGGCAUUGGAUCCUGUUGCGGCACCGGCAUGUAUUUGGUGGCCGGCAUGGUGGCAAAGAACAUAGCUGGUCCUGGUGUGGUAAUUAGUUUUGUUAUUGCUGCAUUAGCUAGUAUAUUUUCAGGGGCCUGUUAUGCAGAAUUUGGAGUGCGUGUACCGCAUACUUCCGGUUCGGCGUAUAUGUAUUCAUAUGUUGCUGUUGGUGAAUUUGUAGCAUUUGUUAUUGGUUGGAAUAUGAUAUUGGAAUAUUUAAUAGGAACAAGUGCCUGUGCAUGUGCGUUAAGCUCCAGUUUUGAUUCCCUAACGGGUGGUGCUAUCUCAUCUACCAUAGGCGAGACAGUGGGUACCAUAUUUGGUAAACCCCCUGACUUUAUAGCAUUUGGCAUAACGUUAAUAAUGACCAUGGUAUUGGCAUUGGGUGCCAGCAAAUCGGUGAUAUUUAAUCAUUCCUUAAAUGCCAUUAAUUUGGCCACCUGGGUUUUUGUAAUGACCGCAGGCCUUUUCUAUGUGGACACAAGUACAUGGACAGAGCAUCAGGGCUUUUUACCCUAUGGCUGGAGUGGGGUAUUUUCGGGAGCUGCCACCUGCUUCUAUGCAUUUAUUGGCUUCGAUAUAAUAGCCACAACGGGCGAGGAGGCCCAUAAUCCCCAAAAAAGUAUACCAAAAGCAAUAAUGGGCUCAUUGGUGGUGGUUUUGUUGGCCUAUGUUACAGUUAGUUUAGUUUUGACUUUGGUGGUGCCCUAUGACCACAUUAAUACCGGUGCUGCCCUGGUGCAAAUGUGGACUUAUGUGAAUGCGCCCAAGUGUAGGGCCAUAGUGGCAAUUGGUGCCACUGCGGGCUUGUCGGUGGCCAUGUUUGGCUCCAUGUUUCCCAUGCCUAGAGUUAUAUAUGCCAUGGCUCAGGAUGGUUUGAUAUUUAGACAACUAUCACAAUUAUGGCAGCGCACUAAUGUACCUGGUUUAGCAACGAUUGGCAGCGGCAUAGCUGCUGCCCUGGUGGCACUCUCAGUGCGUUUGGAGAUUCUAGUGGAAAUGAUGUCCAUAGGCACUCUGCUGGCCUAUACACUGGUCUCCACCUGUGUUUUAAUUUUACGCUAUCAACCGCACAGUACUUCGCUCAUAGAACUCUUGCCAGCCCAACUGAGAACGCCGUUGGCGCCUGGGGCCUCCACCGAUCCCAGAGGCACUACCGCAGAAGUUUUGGAGUCCAACAAACUCACCAUUAAGCGAGUGACCCGCGGCAUGUCCGACUCCGAUGAUUCGUUCAUAGAUGAAAGUCCCGAAGGCUAUUUGGGUCGUGAUGAUCAAUUUUUGGUAUCAGAUCGUUCAGAGAAUAAAUUCUAUGGGGCCGUACAUGGGGCACCCACCGGUCCCACUGGGCAAGCCAAUGCUUUCGAUACCAUGGGCCUUAACUUUGUCUCUAGAAAAAUCCAUGAAUAUUCGUACCUGUGUCCUGGCUUCUUUCCCUGGAUCAAUCCCGGCCAAGCCACCUCGGAAAGUGGCAUGUAUGUGACCAAGCUUGUUGGCAUCAUGUUCGGUCUCAUAUUCUUCUUGGAUCUGUUUGCGGCCAUUGGCUGGUCCGGUGGCUUCGCAGCAUUCAUUUAUUUCAUUUUAAUUAUCGGCAUAUUUGUGAUAUUAUUAAUUAUCUCAAGACAACCACAAAAUAGAUAUGCACUUGCGUUCCUCACCCCCGGACUUCCAUUUAUUCCGGCAAUCGCCAUUGCCGUCAAUAUCUAUUUAAUAUUUAAGUUAAGCAUAUUAACCUUAGUUAGAUUUACCAUUUGGAUGUCGGUGGGCCUGGUCAUGUACUUCUACUAUGGCAUUACGCACAGCAGCCUGGAGCAGGCCAGCGAUGAUAUGGAGUUAAGGGUUGACAAGGACUAUAGUAAAAAUGUCGAAGAAAAAGCUGUCUGGGAUCAACCUUCCUAUAUGAACCAAAAUCAUGAGCCCGUAUGGGCUAGCCAAGAUAACAACACAACAAAACCCAACAAGCAAACUACAACAAAACCUGCUUCAAAUUAUUCUACGAAAACACAAGAUUCAACAAAAAGUAACACACAUAAUACAUCAAGUGCAAGAAAUCCAGCAAUUGGACAAACAAGUGGCAACACGGGCACAUUCAGUAUGUUUGUGGAUGAAACAGAGUUUCCAACGUGGGAUGAUUAAAGGCAUUAAACAGAGAUUGCCAAUAAUCGUUUUAAGUAUUAAUUUUCGAAUUAAAAAUAAAAUGCAAGCAAACCAUAACCGAUUCCUCACAUACAUACACAAACUAAAUCCACUAAAAUUAAUAGAACUAAACCAAAGAGAACAAGAAAAAGAGAAAACAAAACAAAUCAAAUCCAUCAGAGCAAUGCUUAACAAAUUAUUUCCAUUUUAAACCAAAAUAGAACAUAAAGUAAGGAAAUUGUUUGCAAUUUUUUUUUGUCUUGUUUUUUUGAAGUUUUUUUAAUAUAAAAUGUAAAUAAUCAUAACUAGUUUCAUACACUACACAUAUUAUUCACCUAGAAUAUGUAUAUAUACAUAAAUUGAGAAAAAUAAGUUUUAGAUAACAUAGUUUGGUCGCAUCUAUUUAUUUUGCCUUAAAUUUUCUUACAAUUAUAAAAAAAAAAACCAAUGUCACUUUUUUGAAUUCGUAGCAGAUUAUGACAAACAAAAGAUGGACCUACCCUUAUGUACAACCAAUUCCCAUGGCUGAAUAAUAGAAAGUUAUGUCACUUGCCAGAAACAAAAUGUGGAAAGACCCCAUGAACAUUGAUAAUGUCCAAAUGUACCAAAUAAAAAUUUAAUAAAUGAAGAAAACGUAAACACAGAA